AUGGUCGACAAUUGGAGUGAUAGUGAAGACGAUUGUGAUAUACCCAAUAUGAAAUUAGCUACAGUUCUGGCAGUGCUGUGGGUCAGCGAGGCCUCGUUAAAAGAACUUCGCUCCAGAAAUAAAAGCAAAACCAUUUCCUCUUCCCCGGACAAUAUAUGUAAUCUAGAACCUUCUCAUAAUGACAACAUCCGUUGUUUCUGCACAAAAGACAAAUAUCAUCAAGUUUCAUCAGCGGAGUGUUGGAUAUUCGGAAGCGUUACCAAAGACAAUUUUAUGUGGAAGUUAAUAAUUGAGUCGCAACCGUAUCUCGCGGAGUUCAGUGUCAUAUCGAGCAAAAACGGCGAUUUAAGUAGUAUACCCAAAUACUUUUCCUCGAGGAUGUUGUUUUUAAAAAACCUAACAGUUACUUUCGGUGUUAUCGAGACUAUAGAAAAGUUCGCAUUCGGAAACUCUACGUCGCUCCAGAAACUCAUUCUAGCGCAAAAUCAGAUUAAAUAUCUCGAUCAAUUCUCUAUUUCCAACCUCCUUUCUCUAACGGAAUUAGAUUUAAGUGAGAAUAAUAUAAAGUUAAUUCACCCGGCAGUUUUCCUGAAUGUGCCGCAGUUAAAGUAUGUUCGUUUAAAUAAAAAUAACAUUACAAAAAUUGAAGAUAAGGCAUUUGCCGGUCUGGGAAAUGUGCUAGAUUUGGAUUUGUCAGAGAAUCUGCUUUGCGAUAUCAACAACAUGACAUUUUUCGGGCUGUCGAAACUUAAAGUGAUCGAUCUUAGUAUGAACAAAAUUAUUGGAUUAACUUCCUCGGUGUUUCUGGAGUUAUGGGAUAUUGAGGAAAUGUAUUUGGAUGACAACAACAUCGAGUUUAUAUCCAACAGAGCUUUUGACGGCCUUCGAUUUUUGAAAACUUUGAGCUUGAAAAAUAACAGGCUUUCCAGAUUUCCAGCCGGAUUAUUUACAAGUGUAUUUACACUUGUUCAUCUCGAUCUCAGUUACAAUCGCUUGGAAACUCUUGUUUUCGACUCAAUAGAACAGUUUUACAAUAAUCUGCUACAUAAUGGAACAAUUCAUUUAAAAGUUACUACCUCCGAACAAAAUUUAUCUGAAAUUGCAACACCUAUUUCAGAAGAUACACCAGAUAUUACUAAUUCCUCAGAAUCAAAAUCUUACUUUCCAACACCUUUUCCAAAAGUUCCAAAGAAAAAGUUGAAGUCGAAAGACAAACCUUCAUUAGAAUUUCAAGAAUUGCUCCAAAAGAUAACCAAUUUUACCAACAAUUACAAUCCCAAGUUCCCACUCGAUAGUCAACAAUUCACUGAUCUGUUAGAGAAUAUUCACGGUAGUAGUGAUACAUUAAGCAUUGCUAAACACUAUACCCUACAUAUUCCAUCUCUUAUAGAAAUGAUAAAUGAAAUACACUCGCAGACUAAAGAUCGAAAUAUAAAAAUUGUAUGUAGACCAUUGUAUUAG